CGGCCUUUCAUGCCGGAAAUUUUCUUGAGCCAAGCCAAAUCCAAGGCUGCACCAUACUUCGUGCCCGUUCAGUCGAUGAGAAAAGAUGGGACUUUUCCGCCGAGCGACCGAAGUUUGUUGAGGAGACCCAGGCUUGUGCCAUCGACGUCCGUACGCGUGUCCACCCAAACAUAUCGAGCAACUGUAGCAAGCUUAGAAAGCAAGAUUUCGACGCAGCUGCACGGCUAUAUGGGCAGGCAGGUUUAGCUGAGCCUUCCUAUCAAGCCUCUCGGGGUCUGACAGUCGUGCGAGCCGAAGUUCCGAAAAGUUUGUUUUGCAAGCCUCAAACGUACGUUCUGUUCCCACAAAGUGUUUACGAAGUGUUGAGCUCGCGUCCCCUGUAUUUGCAAGAAACUCGGCACGGCAUUCGGCCAUCGUCUCCGAGCCGUAGCAAGGUAAUCGGUGACGGAUAUAUACUCUCCCUGAGUAUCUUUCGUCGCGAGCAACCCAUUCCCGCUCUCGAAAGGCCGUCCCCGAAGAUGGCAGCUUCAACACCAAAGCCCAUUUUGAUCUGCGGGGCAGGUCUGGCCUCGCUGCUGCUCGGCCGAUCGCUCUUGCGCACUGGGAUCCCGUUCACGCUUUUCGAGCGCGACCAGAGCAUCUCGUUUCGCGGCCAAGGGUACAGGCUGCGGCUUUCGGACGAGGGCCUGGAUGCGAUCGAGGAGGUUCUGGGACCGGAGCACUUUCCCAAGUUCUGGGAUGCCACAGGCAAGACGGGCGGCGAGAAAGGCUUCGCGUCGCUCAACGCCGUCACGGGUGAGGAGGUGACGGAAGAGAAGCCCGGCGGCGAGGGCCCGACCAAGCCGGCUGCGCCUAAUCUACGGUCGAGAGAUGGGAGAACGAUAGGAAUCUCGAGAGGUGAAAUGCGUUCGCUUUUCAUGGAAGGGCUCGAAGAUCGCAUCAAAUGGAACCAUCUGGUUACGGGAUACGAGCUUACACCUCAUGGCGUCCGCGCCGUCUUUGCCGACGGUUCAAAGUCUGAGGAAGGCGAGAUGCUGGUCGGAGGCGAAGGAAUAUACUCCAGAACGGCCAAGCAGCUGUCCGGCGGAAAGCUCAGGACGUACGAUACUGGAGCGCGAGGCAUUCACGGCCAGGCUCCCGCCUCGGCCUUCAAGGCGUUAGGCGAAGGCGUUUGGCGCGCAACAGACGACACGAAUCCGAAGGGACGCAUAUUCGUCAUAACCAACGUGCGUCCUGGUAAUUUGGACGAUGACUCGUUGCACUUUGGAUGGACCAUGGGUGGAACCCCUGGAGUCAUCGCUCCGCCAAACGACGACUUCACGAUAGUUGGCAAGCCCGCGGCUGAGAUUGCAAAAUCGCUAACGGCACACUGGCAUCCGCGACUCAAGCCGUUGUUCGAAAGAAUGAAUGAAGACCAGGCCGCCUUCUGGAAGAUCACGUGUUCAACACCGUCUGGUGUGCCUGAAUGGAAAAAUGAGCCUAGAGUCACCGUGAUUGGGGACGCAGCGCAUUCCAUGACGCCUGCUGGAGGGCUUGGCGCGAACACGGCUGUAAGGGACUCUGCGCUUCUAGGGAGAUUGCUUGCCCAGGCUGGGGGAUAUCAAGACGGUGUGACAGCUGCAUAUGAGAAAGAAAUGAGAAUUUAUGGCAGUGAGGCGGUUGCACGAAGCUAUGCCAUGGCCCAGAAACAAUUUGGAAUCCACAUAGAUGAGGAUAGCACACCAACGGUGGGCUGAGCAAACUGGUUUGGCAAAAUGAGAAAACACUUUCGAGACACGUGAAUUGGCCGAGCAACGUACGUGCCAUUUUACAAACGAAGUAAUAAGCUGAAAAGACUGUUGUCCUGGACAACGUAACUAAAACAAUAAAAAGCUGGCUGAAAGAGCAGAUUUGUAAAGUUUGUUUAUGCGAAUGCGCUCUUCAAUCGCCUCCUUGGAUAUCGUGCGCUAGUCUCCUUCCAACUCCUCGCAAAAGUGCUCAAAAACUUCAGAACCGCAAAGAUGAAAGCAAAAGCAGCUUGGGGGCAUACUCGAACGGGGGAGAGGCAUGGCCCACCUAAUUGGAUCGCAGGGCAUGUCAAAGUGAGACUCAGCAACGGUUGUUGCUCUCACGCAGCCACCAUGAUCCU